GGGAGAGGUCCCUUCUUGUGCUUUCAUUUUGGCUGUGCUCUGAGCUUGGGUGAAGGUCAAUGGAACUUCAGCCUGUUUUAUUUACUUGGCCCACUUUAGAGGAGUGAGGGAGAAAGGUUUUAGAAAUGCUUAUGCAACCUGCUCUGUUUGUAUGAUGCUGGCACAGAGCUGAUGACACUUCUGCAGCCUUGGGGGCUUACAAGUGUGAAUCAGAGGCUGUUUUCCUCUACUGAUGCUCCUAUAAAAAUCUGUAAAUAUCGGGAAGUCCCUGCUCAUAGCUUUUCUAUGUUGCUCCGCCAGUUCAUCUGCCAAAACCUUCCCCUUGAUCCAGCCCAGCCCUGCCUGGCUCUGCAGGAGGAAGGCAGCUCAGCCACCAGUCUCUCCCUGCCUGGGCUGCACGGCUGUAGGCAGGAGCCAGCAGUGCCACCCAGUGCCCUUCCAGCUGCUCGACUGCCAGAGAGGUGCUGCGUGUUCCCUGACCUCCUGCAGCCGUACUUGCACGGCCAUGGCUGUCUUCUGCUGCAGCUGCUGCUGGAGGUGUGGUAGGUCCGUGUGUGAGGCUGCUCCCCCGGGUCGGUGCUGCUGGAAGGAGUUAAACAGAAAACAGCUGCAUGGGAGAACUGCUUUACAGCUCACUGAUAAUUGAGGCAGGAUUCUGUUUGUUUGGUUGGUAUGAUUUUCCUUUUUCCACCGCAAAGAUCUAAUGCCCUUUCUUGUAUUUAUCAAGCAGGAGGGUUUUGCUACAAUACAUUCUGUAUCAGAGAACUCGGGGCUUGAAUGUUGCUGACGAGAACAAUUGAUUUUUGUUUAUUUGUUUAUUUAUUGCUGGAGAGAACUGAAGCAGUAAGUUGUAAGGCUUUAGCUCCUCUGGAGGAGCUUUAUUUAGAGAAGCAGCCUGAUCUUGGUGCUGACACAAGCUCAUGCAGCCCUGCACACUGCUGGGGGCUGUGCAGCAGAAUGCUGGAUAUCUCGCUCCAGUGCCCGGGUCACCUCGAGUCAUUCACAGUGGUAGUCUGAGCUUCUGGCCAGGGCUGGCUGGCAUCUCUUGCCCUUGGGGAUGCGUGGCACUUGGGGCUGGCACAGCACCAGCUCCCUAUCUGCAGGAAAGACGUAAACUGCAGGUUUGGGGCACUUCCCAGUCUUGCACCCUGCCCUGUUCCUUCCUGUCUUGUCCUGCUCUGAGGAGGCCUCGGGCGAUGCCUUUGGUCCCAGAUGACACCCAGGGGUAACAGAGACCUCUGGCUUGUUUGAUGUGUGGGUGCCAGGGCUGUGGCAAGACAAGCAAGCUGAGCAGAGCCCUCAGAGGCGGUCAUCACUGUCCUGAGGUGGGCUUGGAAAUGCCUUAUGAAUCCUUUCACUGUCUUCUGCCCUGCUUUAGUUAGAGGAGAAUUCCUGCUCCUUAAAGGGAAGCAAAGGACCAGCGAUACCUUUGCAGUAACUCUCCCUUCCCUCCUAGUAACAGCCUUUUGCUGCCAUCUCUCCUCCUCCAAACAGUAUCCAGAGGCAAACAACUGCUUAACCUGCCUGGGCUUCUCUCUCUAGAGGCUGUCAUCUUGGCCUUGGGCUUGGUGGCACUCAUAGAUCUCCAGUGAAGAGCAAGCAGUGAGGUUUCCUGGGAUCACAUCACACUGACAGCACCAUACUUGGCUGAGUAUUUUUUAUUAUUUUUUUUUUAAGGUAUUACAGUUAGGCUGCUAAGGUAGGUGCAGUGCUGCUAAGGUGGUGAUGCCUCCUGCCAGCUGACGUGCCACGUCGCUGAGUGCUGAGAGGCUGGGCACCCUUUGCUUGCGUCAUCGUGCUCCCUACAGAGUGCCUGCUUCCAGGAAAAAGCCCUCCUGUGGGUGGGUGAGUUUGCAGGUCACUACGGAGUGGGUUUUGUGAGGAGAACCCCUCUCCUGCAGGGCACUCAGGGAGGUGGCAGGCAAUGUUUAUCUCAGUUGCGUCUUCUGGGGCUGGAGAGCGUGUGUCUUAUCAUACAGCAGAUGGGUUUGGGGAAGAGAUGGCGGAGACAACUGUAUUUUCUCACACAGGCUUGUUGCCUGCCAGGAAAUGAGCCAGCCAGGCUUUAUAGGGAGAAGUAGAGACCCUGGGCAAGCUGUUGAGGGUUCCUCCUUCACCCAGCAUCUUUGUGAGAGGUAAGCGGAGCCAUGGGAGAAUGGCUGCUGCUGUGGUACUCUGAGCAUAGGUAUGAGGUCUGCUGCAUGAGGAUAGGCCAAGGGCCAGCACGCAGCACUGCCUGUUCAGUUCUGCACCUGCUGUCACCUCGGGACCCUGGUGCUCCAGGGAGGGAGUGGGAUUGUUCACCAGUCCUGGGCAGAAACAGGCUGCAGUUGUGCACUGCCAGUCGUCUAGGCUGAUGCACCAGUACUGGGCUGGGGACAGCCUAAGAUGCCUGCCCAUGUCCCCUUCCAUUUCUCUGCAUCUACUAGAUUGCAUUGAAAGCUGUGUGGUUGCUGUGCUUGGUGGCAAGAUGUGACAGCCUCCUGAGGACAAGAAGACAGGGAUGUCCCUACCAGCUUGCCAUGCUGGUGGUCCUUCUGCUGCCAGGAAAGUCACAGAUGCAUGAGGGAGCAGCAAAAGCAAAAGCUGGCAAAAAGCAAGCUUUUCUGGGUGCUGUCAGAUUCAAGCAGAUGGAAAUCCCAGUGGUGAGCGGGCUGGUGUUACUGGAGUGGAUGGCAUGGAAGGGCAGAGGGGGGACCAGGACAGGGAUAGCAAUGCCAGGGAGAGGCAGCAGCUCUCUGUGGCUGUUGUCAGAACUGGGGACAGACACAGGCAGUGCAGCAGCAGGGCAGAGCCCUGCAGUGUUCUGGCUGCUGCAUCCUUUUGCCUGCCUGGCCAAGGGAAGCCGUGCUGUCUUCCUGAGCCUGCAGCUCCUUGCUGGAAGCACAUCAGGCACUCCUGGAUCAUCCCACUGUCCCCUUGUGUCCUGUUGGGUAUCCUGUUUUUUCCCUUCUCUCUACUGACACAGGAAAGGGGGUGAUUUCUUUCUGUUGUCCUUUGCGCAGCGGGAGGAGCUGGAGGGUCCCAACCUGCGGUAAGCAGUGCGGCGUGCGCGGUUAGGGGUCGGUUUUUGAGCCCAUGCUUCUUCAGCACUGGAUGCUGCAGGAUGGAUGUGGAUGGCGCUGGUUGCUGGCAGCCUUUGCUUGCCUUUUGCUGAUGUCUGUAGUUUGAUGAGCCUUAUCCAGUAAGACAAAUGGAUGUGACAGGAUCACGGUGCCCUUCAUGGCCCCUUUUGCUUCCCUGCCUCUGCUGGAGCCGGUCACACAGCUCCUUCCCUUUCUCUGUUUGAAGACUGGUUUCCUUUUCAGACAUUCGUGAGCUUCUACAGGGAGAGACUGUGCUCAUGGCUGUAGAACUUCAGGCAGAAAAAUCAAUGUUUAUAUUUCUUUUAGCUGGGAAAGAUUCUUGAAAGAACUCCAGCAAAUAAACGCCUUGUAAAGUUCAAACUGUGAAGGCACGGUAUAUGAACCCAAAUGAAUUUUCAAGCUCUCUCUUGAAAUAAAAUGGAUUUUUUUGGAUUCAGGCUUUAUUUAGAGAAACGUUUGAUUAAAGAAGGGAUUUGAAGGUUGCAUCUGAUCUCCUUGUGAGGGAGAGCUGCUCUGCUACUAGCAGCAAGAUGUGGUUGGGAAAUGUGGUUGGAUGCUGCUGGGAUGCUCCUGGGAGAGCAGCCCCUGUACCCAGCCAUGGGGGGUGGCUUUUGCUGUGUCCUCUGUCCCCUCAAAGCCCUGCUGCUGCAAUGCAAUCAGUUCAACUGCCUUGGGAAGCUGUUUGUGCAGGUGCUGCUGUUCAGGAUGCUGAAGGGCAGCUGGCACCACACUCCCUCCAUGGAGUGCAUGAGCAUCUCAGAGCUUUCUCUACCUGUCCUCUGUAGUACAACACGUUUUCUCUCCCUUCUUUGUUGCAGUCUGUGCUGUGUGGAUGGUGAGCCCUCUGAUUCAGGCUGCUGGCUCCUUGCUCUGGGGCAGCCUGAAGUCAGUGUUCCCAGGAAGAGCUACGGGUGUGGGGUGGACUCAGAGGCUCUGCAUUACCUGGAGUGCACUAGUGCUCUAGUGCUUUGCAUUUACCUGCAGGAGAGCUAUUUGGUCUUUGUACAAAGGAGGAGGAAGCAGGAAACUCUGUUUCAGCCCAGUAUGGUUGAACGCUUCAGGAAGUGACCCAGAGCAGGGGACAAAGGGCAUCUGAAGUGCCGCUGUUCUUCCAGUUUCUCAUUAGCACAUGUGCAAUCAGGGCAUCGCCUUCCUGAAAGCACCAGGAGAGCCACAGUGAGGAGGGCUGCUCUCUGUAAGCCCAGAGGGUACCACUGCCUUUGGCUUGUGUUGGAUCUGUUCCUGUGUUCAGGUGUCAGGCUUUUCCCUGCAGGUCUGGAGGCUGAAACCAAGGGCUGCCAGGGUCCCUGGCCUCUCCACUUCCCAGCCACUCCCACUCUCCCGGCUCCAUGGCUGCCGUGCACGAGUGGUCCUGCACCCGCUGCACCUUCCUGAACCCCGUGGGCCAACGGCAGUGCUCCAUAUGCGAAGCUCCGCGCCAGAAGCCUGACCUCAACCACAUCCUGCGGCUCAGCGUGGAGGAGCAGAAGUGGGCCUGUGCCCGCUGCACCUUCAAGAACUUUUUGGGCAAAGAAACAUGCGAGGUGUGCGGCUUCACUCCGGAGCCGGGGCCCAGCGGCUCUCCCCUGCCUGUCAUCAAUGGCAUCCUGCCCAAGCCUGCAGUGCUGGUGGAGCCCAAGGGCACAGCCAAGGAGGAGGCUGCCAAGGUGGAAAGCAGCAGCGAAGAUUCAGAGGGGAAGAGUCCUGACGAAGCAGAGCUGGAGAGCGGCUGGGCUUGCCAGCGCUGCACGCUGCACAACACUCCAGUGGCCAACUCCUGCUCGGCCUGCGGCGGGCCACGCAAACUCUCCCUGCCCAAAAUCCCACCGGAGGCGCUGGUCGUCCCUGAGGUCAUCACCCCUGCUGGCUUUCACAUGGCCCCUUCCACCCCGCAGUCUUUAGUCCCCACAGAGAUCUCUGACGGUGACGCUGCAGCCACUCAGGGCCCGGUGGCGAUGGAACAGGAGGCACAGAAGAUGCCGGCCUUCAGCCCCUUUUCCCCCGGGCUGCAGAACAACCCAGUGCCCCGCAGCCGUCGCGAGGUCCCCCCCCAGCUGCAGAUGCCGGGCCCCGAAGCACCGCAGCCCGGGGCUCAGGGCACUGCGGGGCAGAAGGGCUCCCCACAGGGCCAGGCCAGGGCCGCGCCGGCUGCUCGCCUUCAGGAGCUGCUGUCCAACAAGCGACUGAGCGUGCUGGAGGAGGAGAUGGAUGUCAGCCCGUCCCACUGGAAGUGCAGCACCUGCUCCCUGCUCAACUCCGCCGGGACCGGCAAAUGCGAGGCCUGCAGCACCCAGAAAGGCAGCGACACCAUCAAUUUAGUGGGGGACUCGGUGAGGUUCACCCCCUGUAGCCCCUCCAGCCCUGACUUCACCACCUGGUCCUGUUCGAAGUGCACCCUCAAGAACCCCACCGCAGCCCAGAAGUGCAAAGUCUGCGGUUCCUCCAAGCUGCACGGCUUCCAGGAGCACAGCCCACAGGGUGAGCCAUCCCCCCGCUGCCCCGAGUGUGGGGCUGGUGAGAAGGGCAGCUGCUCCUCCUGUGGCACCAAGGCACCCUCAGCUCGCAAGGUCGCCCGUCUCUUCCCAUCCCAGCUGCCUGGUGCUCAGGACCGGCCGGGCCAGUGGGCUUGUCCUGCGUGCACCCUGCUCAAUGAGCUGAAAGCCAAGCACUGCGCGGCCUGCCAUACCCCGCAGCAGUACGUGGCCCAGCGCAAGGGACUCAAGCCCCUCAAAAGGAGGGAGAGCAUGCACGUGGAAAAGAGGAGGCAGACAGACGAAGGAGAAGCCAAGGCCCUGUGGGAGAACAUUGUGACCUUCUGCAGGGAGAACAAAGUCAAUUUUGUAGAUGACAGUUUCCACCCUGGGCCCAAGUCUGUGGGAUUCCCAGAAGGUGACAGCGUGCAGCAGAGGGUGAAGCAGUGGUUGCGGCCCCACGAAAUCAACUGUAACAUCUUCAAAGACCGAUCGGUGAAGUGGUCGGUGUUCCGGACACCCAGACCCUCGGAUAUCCUUCAGGGACUGCUGGGAAACUGCUGGUUCCUGAGCGCCCUGGCCGUUCUGGCUGAGCGACCAGAGCUGGUGGAGAGGGUGAUGAUCACACGGACGCUGUGCCCUGAAGGCGCCUACCAGGUGCGGCUCUGCAAGGAUGGCACGUGGACCACAGUGCUGGUGGACGACAUGCUGCCCUGCGAUGAGUGCGGGUACCUCCUCUUCUCACAGGCCCAGAGGAAGCAGCUGUGGGUCGCGCUCAUUGAGAAGGCCCUGGCCAAGCUUCAUGGCUCGUACUUUGCCCUCCAGGCAGGGCGUGCUAUUGAAGGCCUGGCUACACUAACCGGCGCCCCCUGCGAGAGCCUGAUGCUGCAGGUCAGCUCCACUAACCCUCGCGAGGAGCCCAUUGACACUGACCUCAUCUGGGCCAAAAUGCUGAGUUCUAAGGAGGCUGGGUUCCUUAUGGGUGCAUCCUGUGGUGGGGGCAACAUGAAAGUGGACGAUGUGGCCUAUGAGAGCAUGGGGCUCCGUCCACGGCAUGCCUACUCCAUCCUGGACGUGCGGGAUGUCCAAGGCUUCAGGUUACUGCGGCUCCGAAACCCGUGGGGUCGCUUCUCUUGGAAUGGCAGCUGGUCUGACGAGUGGCCCCACUGGCCUGCUCCCCUGCGCCACGACCUGAUGCCCCAUGGCAGCAGCGAGGGGGUCUUCUGGAUGGAGUACAGCGACUUCAUCAAGUAUUUUGACUCCGUGGAUAUCUGCAAGCUCCAUUCAGACUGGCACGAGGUGCGUGUGCAGGGCAUGUUCCCCAACAAGGCCAAUGGACCAGUGACGGUGACAUCGCUGACAGUGUUGGAGCGUGCUGCCCUGGAGUUUGCCCUCUUCCAGGAGGGCAGCAGGCGGUCGGAUGCUGUGGACAGCCACUUGUUGGAUCUGUGCAUCAUGGUUUUCCGAGCCACCUUCACUAGCGGCAACAAGCUGAGCCUCGGCCGCUUGAUGGCUCACAGCAAACGAGCCGUCAAGAAGUUCGUCAACUGCGACGUGAUGCUGGAGCCGGGCGAGUACGCCGUGGUGUGCUGUGCCUUCAACCACUGGAGCGCUGCGCUGGCGGGCCCUCCUGCCGCCCAGGCAUCCAGUCCCACCAGCAGCCGGCCGGCCACCGAUUACUCCAGCUACAUCCUGGCCAUCUACAGCUCCCGCCUGGUGAUGGUGGAGCAGGUGGAGGCGCAGCCCACCACGCUGGCAGAUGCCAUCAUCCUGCUGACUGAGAACAAGGGCGAGCGCCAUGAGGGCCGUGAGGGGAUGACAUGCUACUACUUGACACACGGCUGGGCAGGGCUGAUCGUGGUGGUGGAGAACCGGCACCCCAAAUCCUACCUGCACGUCCAGUGUGACUGCACCGACAGCUUCAAUGUCGUCUCCACGCGUGGCAGCCUCAAAACACAGGACAGCGUCCCUCCCCUGCACAGGCAGGUGCUGGUGAUCCUCUCCCAGCUGGAGGGUAACGCCGGCUUCUCCAUCACCCACCGCCUGGCGCACCGCAAAGCCACCCAGGCCUUCCUCAACGACUGGAUGUCCACAAAAGGCACCCACAACCCGCUGCUCACACCCGAGGUUGCCGGACUCCACGGACCCCGACCUCUAUGACGAAGCGCCGCUCCUGCCCCGCUCCUCUCUCCCGUUGCUUUCAGCGAGCCUCCAGCCCAGGGUUUCCCCCCAUGCUGCCAGCACUGAGCCGUGGGGCAGGGCGGGAGCGUGGCACCGAGCACUUUGCCCUGUGCCACGGGGCUGGGACAAACUCUCAGGGCCGGGACCAGCUCUGCCCGCUGCCCCCCCACGCACUUUACGAGGAGCAGUCGGGGGGCACGGGGCCAUCUCAGGAUCCCACCCGCUUUGGGCACACGGCGUGGUAGCAGGGGGCUGCAGUAGACGUGGGGGCUGGAGGUUGCAGUCAGCAUCCUUGCCAGGCACCACGCUCAGGGCUCUGCCCCGUCCUGCAGCACCGGGGCCCUGGUGCUCCAAAAAGAAUAUACCUCUGACGUCUGUCCGUCUGUGUGACCCUCUGUCUUGUCUCCUCUGUUGUCUGCUGCCAGGACUGAGUGGGCACUGAGGUACUGCGGCUGCCGGGGUUGUCCCCACGCGUUGGGGCCGGGAUGGAGAAGGCGCAGGGCUGUUGCAGAAAGCUGCUGCUGCUGGUUUUCACCACACUUCGGGGCAAAACGAGGACGUAAACCUCGGCUCCAGGGUGGGGAGCAGGGCUGCGGGGUGCUGCUCCGUCCCCCCCAAGCCAUCGCAGUGUUACUAUGCAAAGGCGGCCGCUGGAAGCAGCGCCUGGAGAGAAGCCAUGCGUCCCCUCCCCGCGCCCUGCGGGCUGCACGGGGCAGUGGCACGGGGCACUGGGGACAGAGCUGGGCUCUGGGGAGCAGCUCCCGCAGUGUGGCUUUGCUGGGGAGAGGGGCGGUGAUUCCGUAGGCCGAUGGUGAGCCCCGUCCAUCGGAGGGACAGCAGUCAGCACAAGGCAAAGGCCAAGAGCUGUGGGGGGCCACUGGGGUUCCAUGUUGGGGUGACCCUACGGCCGGCUGGCUGCACACAGCUGGGUGUGUGUGUGUGGCUGUGGGUGUGUGUGUGUUGUGGGGGAGCUGCUCUGGGGCAGCCUGCAGCAGUGGGGAUGUGUGGGUGCGGGGUUUGUCCCUCUGUCCCUCCCGGCCCCGAGGGCUGGGGCUGCUGAGCCAAGCUCUGUCUGUGUGUCUGUUUGUCGCUCUGUUCUCUCUUCCCCUGCACCUUCCUCCUCGGGAUGAUUUGUCCUUCACUUUUUCUCUCCGUCUUUCUGAGCUGUGAAUAUUUUUAACCCUGUAAAUACUGUCCAGCUCUUAAGAAACAUAGGAUAUUUUAUCAAUUGUAAAUCAGAUCAGUAAUCCCUGUAUGAUAUGAAUUAUCCAUGGGUGGUUUUCAAACUCAGGUUCUGACGGACCAAAUAAAGUUUUGUUUUUUACUGAA